GCUCUGUUGGCAAGGCAGGCCUCCCUCCUUUCUGUGUGCCUCAGGGCAGCAAGGAGGAAGAUUCUGUGUUUAUCUCAGUAGAGGGGGAGUGGAGGGCCCCUUAGCAGGUGCCUUUAAGGGCAUCUAAAAUCACAAUGCGCAUUUCCACAGCGGGCAAUAAUUGAUGGCAGGGGUGUUUACAUAGAUGUAGAGAGAACACACCAGCCGUUUUUCUCCUUCAUUUUGUGGAGAUGUCUGUCUGGGCUGCAGACUGCAGCGUGAUGUGGAACCCUGGUGCUGAGACCUAUUUCCUGAGAGCGAUAGCUGAGCAGGGAAUCCCAGUAGGCCGCUGAAGUAAAGUGGGCUACAGGGUCAUCGUCUCUCUGUCGGGCGGGCCGAUGGAGGGAAGCGCUUUACGAGGCAGGCACUGAGCGAUGUCGCCAAUCACCGUCUCCUCUUUCCCCUCUAGAUCUCCAUAUGUCGGGAGAUGCCCAGCCUGGAAGUGAUCACUCUCAGCGUUAACGGCGUCUCAACCCUGGAGCCCGUGCGCCAGUGCCAGCACCUGAGUGAGCUUUACCUGCGCAAGAACCGCAUCCCCAGCCUGGCCGAGCUCUUCUACCUGAAGGACCUGCCGCGCCUGCGGGUGCUGUGGCUGGCCGAGAACCCCUGCUGCGGGUCCGACCCCCACCUCUACCGCAUGACCGUCCUGCGCAACCUGCCCGGCCUCCAGAAAUUGGACAACCAGACUGUGACCGAGGAGGAGCUGUCCCGAGCACUGAGGGAGGGGGACGAGAUCACCACUGCCCCGGCCAGAGAAGACACGGAGAGUGGGCGGCCCGAGGCGCCCUUCACCCUGAGCUCUAUGGACCCUGCAGCCGAAACCGAGCAGGAUGCGCUGGGCUCCAGCGCCGAUGAGGCCAGCAGCGUCCAAGAGCAGCUGGGCAUGAGGCUGCCAGCCCGGAACCAGCCCUCCUCCUUCCCGCCCCGGGAGGCUGCCCCCAGUCAUGAGGGGAACAAUGUGCUGACCGCCAUCCUGCUGCUGCUGAGAGAGCUGGAUGCCGAGGGCCUGGAGGUCGUCCACCAGACGGUGGGCAGCCGCCUCCAGGCCCUGCACAGGCGGGAGCUGCAGGAGGACACAGAGUGA